CUCGCGACAUCGUCUCGCCGCCUUUCCUUCGAAGAAGUAAACGACUAGUCAGGGCGAGACAGAGCAAACCAUGGCCUCGCCGUUUCCCGUCUCGCUGGGGUCCGAGACGGCGUCGAGCCGAAAGGUGUCUUCCUCUGACAUCCUCGUUAGGCACACCAAGCAAGAUGGAAAGGCAGCUACGGUGCUCCCCGAGCCAGGGCACAACAACGUCCUCAUCACGUCGGCGCUUCCCUACGUCAACAAUGUGCCCCACCUCGGCAACAUCAUUGGCUCCACGCUCAGCGCUGACGUCUAUGCACGAUACUCUCGCUCGCGGGGGCGAAACACGCUCUACAUCUGUGGCACAGACGAGUACGGGACGGCGACAGAGACAAAGGCGCUCGAGGAGGGCGUCUCGCCCCAGCAGCUCUGCGACAAGUACCACACGCUGCAUGCACAGGUCUACAAGUGGUUCAACAUCGGCUUUGAUCACUUUGGGAGAACGACGACGCCGGCACAGACGACGAUUGCGCAGCACAUCUUUGUCAAGCUGCACGAGAAUGGGUUCCUCGAGGAGAGGAGCAUGCGGCAGCUCUGGUGUCCCAAGGACGAGCGUUUCCUUGCUGACCGGUACGUCGAGGGCAUCUGCCCCAAGUGCAGCUACGACGAUGCGAGGGGCGACCAGUGCGACAAGUGUGGCCAGCUGCUGGACGCCGUCGACCUCAUCAAGCCCCGCUGCAAGCUGUGUGGUUCGCCGCCCGAGGAGCGUGACUCGCGACACAUGUUCCUGCGCAUCGAUGCACUCCAGCCAGAGACAGAGGCGUGGGCGAGGCAGGCGGCAGAGAAGGGCGCAUGGUCUUCCAAUGGGCGGUACAUCACCGAGAGCUGGUUCAAGGAGGGACUGAGGCCCUUCAGUCUGACAAGAGACCUCCGCUGGGGCGUGCCCGUUCCCGUCGAGGGCAUGGAGGGCAAGGUGCUCUACGUCUGGUUCGACGCACCGAUUGGCUACCCUUCGAUCACGGCCAACUACACCGACUCUUGGGAGAAGUGGUGGCGGGACCCAGACAACGUCCGCCUGUACCAGUUCAUGGGCAAGGACAACGUGCGAUUCCACACCGUCAUCUUCCCCUCGUGCCUGCUGGGCACACGGGAGAAGUGGACGAAGCUGCACCACAUCAGCACGACCGACUACCUGCAGUACGAGUCUGGCAAGUUUUCAAAGUCGCGCAACAUUGGCGUCUUUGGCGACAAGGCCGGCACCAUUGGCGUGGCUGCCGAUGUCUGGCGCUACUACCUGCUGGCGAACCGACCAGAGAACGGCGAUGCGCACUUCAGCUGGAGAGAGUUCAUUGCGAGAAACAAUGGCGAGCUGCUGGCCAACCUGGGCAACUUUGUCAACCGUGUCUUGCGCUUCCUGGCCAAGAAGUACGACGGUGUGCUUCCACCGAUCCCCGAAGGCUUGGGUCUCACGGCUGGGCCCGAGCCACUCGAGGUGCGAAGCGAGGACGAGGACAAGUCGCCGUUUGCGACGCUCAUCCGCCAGGUCAAUGCCCAGCUUCGAACAUACGUCGUGGCCAUGGACGCUGUCCGGCUGCGUCUGGGUCUCCAGACGGCCCUCGGCCUUUCGCAGCGCGGCAACGAGUUCCUGUCGUCAGUCGGGCUCGACAACAAGCUGUUUGCAGAGCGCCGUGCCGAGUGCGACGCGACGAUGCUGCUGGCCGUCAACCUCAUCUACGUGCUCAGCGCCGUCUUCCACCCGUUCAUGCCCGAGACGACCGACGACAUGUGCCGGCAGCUGGAUGCGCCGCCCAGGACGGUGCCCGUCGAGGACCGGGGCAUCGUCGAUCUCAAAGACGACGACGAGGACGGCAGCAGUGGCGGCGAGUCGAGCUUCCAGGCGCGCGAGCGCCUCGCCAAGCCUCGCUUCGCCCUGGACCUCUUGCCCGGCCACAAGAUUGGGACGCCGGCGCAUCUGUUCAAGCACAUUGACGAGAAGAUGGAGGAGGAGUGGCGCGUCAUGUUUGGCGGCGUGCAAUCCUCGACGGCUGCUGCUGCAGGCGGCAAGAAAGAGGCGGCGGCAGCAGCAGCACCGCCAAUGAGCAAGAACAAGGCGGCCAAGCUGGCAAAGGAGGCCAAGAAGCAAAAGAAGAUUGCCAACCCGACGCCAGAGUACCUCGAGCUCGAGCGCCAGGUCGGCGAGCAGGGCGAGACGGUGCGCAAGCUCAAGGAGGCCCAGAAGAAGGGCGGCGGCGGCGGCGGCGACAAUGACGUCAAGCAGACCGAGGUCGAUGGCGAGGUGUCGAAGCUGCUCAAGCUCAAGAACGAGCUGCAGGCGCUCACGGACCAGCUCUCGUCGCUGGAGGUCAAGGACGGCGAGGGCCAGGCGCAGGCUUCGACUGCGUAGGUCUAAGCAUUUUCAUUUUCAUUCUUUUAGAGGCAUUGUUUCAACAAAAAUAAAAGACCUA